CGAAGACAAUAAAGUGACGCCUUCUAAAUCAAAAGAUGAACCAAAAAAUGUUAGAGAACCUGGUAAAAAUGCUAAUGCCAAAACACCGAAACCAAAAGCCGAAAACGGUAAAGCACCUACAAAAGGGAACAAUGAAAAAAACGAUGCUAAAAAUGAUGCUAAAAAUAAAAAUGAAAAGCCCAAGGAUGAAAAAGGGAAAGUACCUGAUGAUAAAGCAAAAGAGCCAAAGCAAGUUGAUAAACCAAAGAAUGAUGAUGAUAUGGAACAAGAAUGUUAUGAAUGCUGGACUCGUAAUAGGUCACUUUUAUCAGCUUGUAAUGGAAUAACCGAGCAAGAAUUUUUGGAAUUUAAUAAACAACAAACUUCAAGAAAAGUUGCAAGCUGUUUAUGCGUAUUUGCUGAUAAUAUACAGAAAAUUUUUGACAAUGCUUGUAGUGCUGUCUGUCCUGAUGAAAAGAUUGAAGCUGAUCUUUCUGACAAAGCCAUACAAUUUAAAAAAUCUUUUAAAUGUGAUGGUAAUGGUAAUUCUAUUUUGGGGAAUUCUACCAUGAAUAAAUUUGGUGCGAGCGGAACAUAUUCUUCAGAUGUCUCAAAAAAAAUUAUCGUGAAUAAUUUGUAUAUAGCAUCAUCAUUUGUGUUGGGAAUUAUUCUCGGUUUAAGUUAG